CGGGAGAUUUCGGAUGUGUUGGCGGCUGCGGUCCCGGCAGCAGCAGUUGGGCUCCUCCUGCCACGGAACCCGGAGGCCCGGCGCGCAGGGUCCUGAAGAAGCUCCUCUCUCCUGACCUGCCGAGCGGCCACCUCUGUCCGUCCCGGCGCUGCGAGGAAGGCCGCCUUCUGUCCGUCCCGGCGCUGCGAGGAAGAUGGACCGGCACCGGCCGCGGCUGCACCACCCGCCGCAGGGCUCCGCCGCCGGCGCCCCCUACCCCUCCUCCGCCUCGCUCCGCGGCUCGCGGGACAGCAGGGCGCCGCGCAGGAAGGGCCCCCAGCACCCUCCGCCGCCCCGCGGCCCCGACGGGCCUGGAGAGAAGCGCCCCAAGUUUCAUUUAAAUAUUAGGACAUUGACAGAUGACAUGCUGGACAGAUUUGCCAGCAUAAAAAUUCCGGGGAGCAAGAAAGAGAGGCCUCCACUUUCCAACCUGAAAACUGCAUUUGCAAGCAGUGAUUGUUCUUCAGAGGCGAUGGAAAACCCUCCGAAGCCACUGUCAGAGAAGGAAGUCUUAGAACUUUUUGAAAAGAUGAUGGAAGAUAUGAAUUUAAAUGAAGAUAAGAAAGCACCAUUGCGGGAAAAAGACUUCAGUAUCAAAAAAGAAAUGGUGAUGCAGUACAUUAAUACUGCUUCGAAGACAGGAAGUCUUAAGAGGAAUCGGCAGAUCUCACCUCAGGAAUUCAUUCAUGAAUUGAAAAUGGGGCCUGCUGACGAGAGACUUGUAACUUGCCUGGAGUCACUUCGCGUUUCUUUGACUAGUAAUCCUGUGAGUUGGGUGGAGAGCUUUGGACGUGAGGGGCUUGGGUUAUUACUGGACAUUUUGGAAAAACUGAUUAGAAGCAAAACACAAGAAACCAUUGUUAAGAAGAAUCAGCACAGAGUCAUACAGUGUUUAAAGGCUUUGAUGAAUACACAGUAUGGUUUAGAAAGGAUUAUGAGUGAAGAGCGGAGUCUGUCCUUACUGGCCAGGGCCAUCGAUCCCCAGCAGCCCAGUGUGAUGACAGACCUGGUGAAGCUUCUCUCUGCAGUGUGCAUCGUGGGGGAGGAGAGCAUCCUUGAAGAUGUUUUAGAAGCUUUAACAUCAGCUGGAGAAGAAAGAAGAAUUGACAGGUUUUCUUCUAUUGUGGAAGGUCUUCGGCAUAAUUCAGUUCAACUGCAAGUAGCAUGUAUGCAGCUCAUCAAUGCCCUAAUUACAUCUCCUGAUGAUCUGGACUUUAGGCUUCACAUCAGAAAUGAAUUUAUGCGUUGUGGAUUGAAAGAGAUAUUGCCAAAUUUAAAAUGCAUUAAGAAUGAUGGCCUGGAUAUCCAACUUAAAGUUUUUGAUGAGCAUAAGGAAGAAGAUUUGAUUGAACUCUCCCAUCGUCUGCAAGAUAUUAAAGUUGAAUUUGAUGAAGCAUAUGAUGUUUACAACAUGGUGUGGAGCACAGUUAAGGAAACUAGAGCAGAGAAAUAUUUUAUUUCUAUUCUUCAGCAUCUUUUACUCAUUCGAAAUGAUUGUUUUAUAAGGCAACAGUACUUCAAAUUAAUUGAUGAGUGUGUAUCUCAGAUUGUAUUACAUAGAGAUGGAAUGGAUCCAGACUUCACAUACCGAAAAAGACUAGAUUUAGAUUUAAGUCAAUUUGUUGAUAUUUGCAUAGAUCAAAUGAAAGUAGAAGAGUCUGAAGAGAAAGCAUCAGAAUUUUACAAGAAAUUUGAAAAAGAGUUUACCGACCACCAAGAAACUCAGGCUCAAUUGCAGAAAAAAGAGGCAGAGAUUAAUGAGCUUCAAGCAGAGUUACAAGCUUUCAAGUCUCAGUUUGGUGCCUUGCCAGCUGAUACAAAGGCUUCUUUGCUCCUAUCACAAGAAAAGGGAACUGGGCCCCCAGCACUUCCUCCUCCCGUGGCACCACCUCCUCCACCACCUCCUCCGCCGCCUCCUCCACUCCCAGGAGCACCCCUGCCAUUUGGUGGUCCUGUGCCUCCACCACCUCCCCUGGGAUUUCUCAGUGGAGGAAACUCUCUUCCACCAACCCUGCCAUUUGGGUUAAAACCAAAGAAAGAAUUUAAACCUGAAAUCAGCAUGAGAAGAUUGAAUUGGUUAAAGAUCAGACCUCAUGAAAUGACUGAAAACUGUUUCUGGAUAAAGGCAAAUGAAAAUAAGUAUGAAAAUGUGGAUUUGCUUUGUAAACUUGAGAAUACAUUUUGUUGCCAACAAAAAGAGAGAAGAGAAGAGGAGGAUUUUGAAGAGAAGAAAGCUCUUAAAAAAAAAAUUAAAGAACUUAAAUUUCUCGAUUCUAAAGUUGCCCAGAACCUUUCAAUCUUCCUGAGCUCUUUCCGGGUGCCAUACGAAGAAAUCAAAAUGAUGAUAUUGGAAGUGGAUGAAACUCAGUUGGCAGAGUCUAUGAUUCAGAACUUAUUAAAGCAUCUUCCUGAUCAAGAACAAUUAAAUUCACUGUCUCAGUUCAAGAGUGAUUAUAACAACUUAAGUGAACCUGAACAGUUUGCUGUUGUGAUGAGCAAUGUGAAGAGACUGCGGCCGCGGCUCAGUGCUAUUCUCUUUAAGCUUCAGUUUGAAGAGCAGGUGAAUAACAUCAAACCUGACAUCAUGGCUGUCAGCACUGCUUGCGAAGAGAUAAAGAAGAGCAAAAGCUUUAGCAAGUUGCUGGAACUUGUAUUGCUAAUGGGAAACUACAUGAAUGCCGGCUCCCGGAAUGCUCAAACCUUCGGAUUUAACCUUAGCUCUCUCUGUAAACUAAAGGACACGAAAUCAGCAGAUCAGAAAACAACACUGCUUCAUUUUCUGGUGGAAAUAUGUGAAGAAAAGUACCCUGAUAUCCUAAAUUUUGUGGAGGAUUUGCAACAUUUGGACAAAGCUAGUAAAGUCUCUGUAGAAAUGCUGGAAAAGAAUCUGAAGCAGAUGGGAAGGCAGCUUCAACAGAUUGAGAGAGAUUUGGAAACCUUUCCCCCUCCUGAGGACGUGCAUGAUAAGUUUGUGACAAAGAUGUCCAGCUUUGUUAUCAGUACAAAGGAACAGUAUGAGAAUCUUUCAAAGUUACAUGAAAACAUGGAAAAGCUAUACCAGAGCAUAAUGGGAUACUAUGCUGUUGACGUGAAGAAGGUGUCUGUGGAAGACUUUUUGACUGACUUAAAUAACUUCAGAGCCACAUUCAUGCAAGCAUUAAAGGAAAAUGUCAAAAAAAGAGAAGCAGAGGAAAAACAAAAACGUGCCAGAAUAGCCCAAGAAUUGGCAGAGAAAGAAAGACUUGAACGCCAACAAAAGAAAAAGCGCUUAUUAGAAAUGAAGACUGAGGGUGAUGAGACAGGAGUGAUGGAUAGUCUGCUGGAGGCCUUGCAGUCGGGGGCUGCCUUCCGCGAUCGAAGAAAAAGGACACCGAAGCCAAAAGAUAUUCGGCAGAGUCUCAGUCCCAUGUCUCAGAGGCCUGUUCUGAAAGUUUGUAACCAUGAAAAUCAGAAAGUGCAGUUGACAGAAGGGUCGCGUCUACACUACAAUAUCAAUUGCAACUCAACAAGGACUCCAGUCGCCAAGGAGCUUAAUUACAACCUCGACACUCACACGUCCACAGGGAGGGUCCAGGCAGCUGAGAAGGACACCUGCCGUGUAGAAAGCAGCAGAAAAAGGGAAAAGGAACUUCUUGGCUCAGUUUCUAAAAAUGAAUCCCUUUCUGAAGUUGAAGCCCUGCUGGCAAGAUUACGAGCUUUAUAAAUUAAACCGGCAAAAAAUAUAAUAAAAUGAGUAAGCCAAAUAGAAAGCCAUGCUCUGAGCUAUAACACUUGAAAAAAUUGCUUUCUGUGUAAGUUACUUUAUAUAAUUUUAAAUUAUGAUCUCUAUUAGAAAAAUAAAACUAAAUAUAUCACUGCAAUGCUUUUCCUAUGUAUUAUACUUGAGGGUGCGAUCCAUUCAAGAUUUUAACAGGGCUUUAACAUUUUCUGUCACCUGGCAUUAACAUUUUCUGUAUUUGGUGGUUAGGUUAUACACUGUUUUAGAGACAGUAAGUGGCCACAUGUUCAGCAAUGUAUCCUUAAGAAAAUAACCAUCUUUCUAAGUCAACUGUAAUUUCUAUUUUAUUAUUUUCAACAUUAACGAACCUCAAAUCUUCAACCUCAAGUCAUGCUACAUAUCUAUGUGUUGUUUAUAUAGAUCCAGAUUCUCCCAAAUUGGGGUCUGCAUGCUAUUAGCAUAGUAUCAAAAAUAUAAAACUGAAUAGAACAGAGCUAUGAGAAAUGAUUGAUAAGCUUCUUACCAUCAUUGAAUUCAUAUUAUUUAUAUCUCCAGGAAACUAAGACCAUUGAGCACAUUUCCAAAAAUGAUAUAAUAGGAAUGUAUGCACUCUGUAGAAUGCACAAGAUUUUGUAUGAAGCUGGACAUAUAGGGUAUUGCAAUGCUGCUGAAACUCUUAGCACACCCCACCUUGUGUCCCCCCACCUCACUCCUCUCCCCUAUAAUUAUGACUCUGGGAUAGAAUUUCCAUUUUUAAACUUCCCAAGUAACAAAUGUCUUUAUUUCUGUAAACAAACUUGGAAUUGCAGUUUGUUUGAUCUGACAAUCAAUAACUUUAACAAAGAUCUAAAAAAAAUGUUUCAUUGAAAGUUUUCUUAUGCAAACGUUACACAUGUACUUCAUUUGGGGCAUCAAAUUACCGUUGUUAAUUCCACAUCAAAGACAAUAAACUUG